UCAUCCUUUUAGUUUUUCCCAUGUGACACUUUCCACAGACACUUGAUACUCUUCAGCAGGGUCUGACUGAUACCCUCCUUUAGUCUGCAGAGUGGGGACCCAGAUUUGAGAAAUUCUGAGACAAAGAAAUUUUCCAUAAGAUUAGAGGCUUAAAAGUCAAGGCCAAAUGUGAUCCAGCCCAGUGCUCAAUGUUGUUCAGAAAGCAGCCCCAUGGGGGAGGUGAAUACUGGAACAUUCUUCCAUGGCACUGGUAAUCUUGAUCUGCUUUGUUGGUGGGUGGUGCUGGACCAUGCAGUGUUACCUGCUCUGGCCAGGCCAGCACCAGGGGCUGUGUGGCAAUGAACCCUGCUGGGUGUGGGUGCUGGACAUCUGCCCUGUGAGUCAGGAAUUGCAUUUCCCAAAGGUCUCAGCUUCUGUGAACUCCUGUGAACUUAGCUAGCGUUUUCCUAGCAUCAGUUUUUGUGCACUUUGGGCUCUGGGUUGAUGCAAUAGUGAGUUCAGUGAAGCCUGAACUCUGCUGACCCCUGCAGACACCAGCAGAGAAAGUUCAGGAACUGAAGGCAGCCACCUGCCCUUGGUCAGCACAGCUGAGCCCCAAGCGCUGGAGACAUUUUAAAGCCCGGCUUGAUCUACAUUCCUGUAACAGAUUUUAAGAUCUUACAGUGGCUUAAGACACUAGAACCCAUGGAAGAAGACAAAGACAACUUGUAGAUGCUGAAAAAGCUGCUGAUGGUAAUCUGGCUGGAUCCAACUUGCCAGGUUUUCUCACUCCUGAAUCCUUCUCCUUUAGGCUAGUUCUGGAAACUGCAGGCAUGUACGAGCUCCCUUUACUCCCUCUCUCUUGGAUGGCUUAAGAAGUGUGUAGCUCCAGAGAGGGAGUAGCAGUGUAUUCCUCUGGUGCUUCUGCAUGCAACCCCUUAUCACCUCUCCCCUCAGCCCUUCAGCUAUAUGGAUGAGCAGUGAAAGCAGUACAAAUCCACUGCAAGGACUAGGCAGCAAAUAAAACAGGGUAUGGCAAUUAACAGGAUGCUUUCUGACUCUCUGCCUAGCACAUGCUUCAAAUCUAAAGCAGAAAUGUUUUCUCAGGGUGUCCUGAGCAACUGCAAAGCCCGGGCUUGGCAGCCCCUUUGCUUUACAACAGCAAAGACCCUCUGCCUGCUGAGUGCUGAGGGCUCCCCCAGCCCUGUCAGCUGUUUCCUGCUGUUGCUAUAAAUCAGCUUCUGUCACUUUCCUCCCUCUUUUCAAGGCUCUGAUAACGAGCACCUAGGGCAGCCAGGUGACCUUUGGCUGAGCUUCCUCUUUAAACUCCAGUGGUUUUGACUUCAUUGCCUGGUUGUUAUGCAGCAGUAAAGAUCAGUUCUGAUAGCAGUAGAGGCUCCUGCCCUUCCCUUUCUCUUCUUAUGCAGCAUCAAAGCUCUCUGAAUUUGCUUGAACAGAUUUGCAUUUAGGUCAGGACUUACUUGAGAAAAGGGUGGGGUUUUUUUUCCUCCUGUCUAUUUUUUAGCUCUGUAAGGAAGGGUAAUAAGCACAAAGGCAGGUGGGAAAAAGAAAUGUGGGCUCUAAAUAAACUGGUUUGGCACAAAGGGGAGGACAAAGACAUUAGUAAGAGAGAAAAAGUAACAAGCAAGCUACAUCUUCAGCUGAUGUAAAGCAGCUUCUCCCCGUGGAUGCAAUGGGACCGUGUCACUGUCAUCAGCUGAGCUGCUUGAUGGGUCUGCUCCCUUCUCAGGUGUCUGUCUGCAGCUGCCCCUUCCACAGCAGCAGCAAAGGAGCUUGGACAACACCUCUGUGCUGUGAAUCUUCAUCUACAUUCUUUGGCUCCUUGUGUGCUUGGGCUACCUAAGUCCCUGCUGUGCUCUCUGGAUGCAAAGUGCCAAUAGCAGGGGGUUGUCACAUCCCAGGUGGUCAUUCGACCUGUGCCAUAGCAUUGCAGGGUUGGUUGCCUAAUGCCCCUGCCCCCAUCUCCAGGAUGUAUUGGGAUGGGACACAAAACAGCCAUGAAGGACCCAUUCUGGGAUCAUGGGGACAGGACGACCUCAUUGUGACAGUGCUGCUAGCAACUGGGAGACCUGGGUGUAGGUGCUGGUUCCAGUUUAGCAUGUGCACAUUGCAUUCACCGACUCCAUGUCUCCUGGAGCUCCCUUUGUAGAUGGGAAAAGACUUUUUCCCACCACUGGUCUUGUUGAGAACCUCAGCUUCUUCAGAAAAAGUCUCAUGGUGGCUUUCUGAAGCUUUGCAUGCUGUGCCUUGGAAUAUUCUUAGAACUGCAAAAGUAUGAGUAGAGACUGAUAUGCUCAGCAGUUUAAGUUUCAACACGACAUGUGAGAACUGGUGUUUGUGGUAUAGAAUUGGUAAACAUUAAGUUUAGUUGUAAACUUAGACCCAUACACUCUAGAGAGAAAUUCAGGGCUUUAUGAAUUGGGUUUAAAAUCAAAGGUUAACUGUAAUUUCAUGCAAGAACGACUCACCUGAAUUUUGGGUGUGUCUGAUGCUCUGCAAUAGCUUUUGCUGCUUUGCAGCAUGCAGGGAUCACAGCUUUGGCAGGGCUGGCAGUGCAAGGCUCUGUCGAUGUGUCAGAGGGGGCAGAUCGUGGGUUCUAAUCUCUUUCUGAUUCACAGUGAUACAAAUAAGCCCAGGGAAGGACUUGCUGAGAAUUACUAGAUAAUGCCUAGGUGGCAAACUGGGAAGUGGCAUUUGAAAGAGGCAAGCUCAGCACUUUUAUCACCCAGAGUUCCGGUAUUCUUCACAAAAAAAAGCUGCCUAGAUUGGCCUGAUUAAUCUCUAAUGAAACUGUGUUGCAUUCCAUCCCGUGUUCCUGCUCGCUUUUCCCUCGUUACCCAAGGCAGGCUGUUCGCGGCCCCAGGCUGCCCCCCGGUGCCCAUCGGGAGGACGGCAGGAGUCCCUCUGGCCGCGGUGACACCGCGGUGACAGCACAUGGCCUGGGGGCUCCUCCCUGCCUGGGCCUCAGGAGGGGGCUGGCUCCAGGGUCACCACUUCAGAGGGAUUGGAAAAACCCCAUCCUGCCCAACCCCGGGGCAGACAAUGCCACAGGGAUGUUUGAAUGACCUGAACUGGGCUGUUUGAGACAGCUCUGCAGCUGGACCCAAUGUGUGCUUCUUCCCAAGGGCCCCUUUGACCCUCCUGACAUGAAUUUUCUUAAAUUCUUUCUCUUGUGACGUUUGUUCUGAACUCCCACAGGUGAAAGUGUCUUGUCAGUAAUCUGCUGUCACCUCUAGCUGUUGGUGUCAUGCAGUGGCCCCUCAAGGCUGAUGUAAGCAAAGUAACCAUCCAUGGCCACCAUAGAUGCUGCUCAUGUACUAUCUAGAAGGCAACUUGGGGUGGUGUUCUGGGUGGUGGAAUCCUUCAAUUAAAGCAAAUGUUUCAAUUUCCUGCUUUUACAAGUGGGAGUGCAAUCACAACAUGUUUCUGGUUUUUAAUUUCUCUAAAAUGGAUUGUACAAGAUUCCUUCAAGCCUUGGGUAUGUUUAGCAUCAUGUGUAUCUUCUUUUUUUAUUUAUUUUGGUGCAGAGAAAGAAAAGCUAAUAUUCAAAUGCCAAAGAAUUUAAUGAGGAACAGGUCAGGUCGUGCUAGAAACUGCUUUAGACUUCCAGAUCCAAAAUCCAUAGCUAUGUGGGCAGAAAGGCCAUGUCUGAGGGAAGAAUGUAUCCCUUCAGAUGCAGCACCUCAAAGGGCAGGGAGGAAUGCACAGCUUUUCAGGCACACAGACACCCCUGAACCAGCAGACUGUCUAGUGCAGGAAGGCAGUACAGCAGGGAGAAGGAUGGAUACUUCCCUGAGAAGACCAAUUAAUGGAAUUGUGUUCAUGGCUCUGCAUUUAUGAACAAAGCAGGAGUGAUUCAGGUAAAGUAAACCAAAACAUCUCUUAAACAGAUGGCUUGAGUAAGGGCUUGAGCUUUGUUCCCCAGUCUGUUUCCUGGGUAAUUCAUGGAUGGAAAGGAAACUCAAAAAGUUUUGAGUCUCAUGCCAGAAAUUAAGCAAGUGUGUCCCCUGGUCCACCUCUCCCACAAGGUAAAAAAAGAAAAGUGCAAUCCUAUUCAAGAAGUUUGCAAAGACAAUAGCUUGACAUCAAGGAAUCCCUGCUGCUUUGGGGCAGGAGACAUCAGGAAGAGGAUUCUCCAUGCUAGAGCUGCUGUUUCUGCAUUGCAGGAGUCCAGGGAGCCACAUUUCUGCUGGUGUCAGAGGGGCCCAGCCAGAAAGCUCCUCCCCAAAAAGGGCCCUGGGAUGUUCAAGGCUGCAGCCACCCCAGCUCCUUCCUGGGCACACACUCCUGGUGCAGCCAGACACAGCUCAGGCCUCCCCUUGUCCACAGCCCUUCAGGACAGCUCUGUGCACACUGCUGGGCUCUGCACUCCCACCACUGGUGGCUCUGAGAUGGAGAAGCAACAAAUUCCCUUCAGCAGUUUCUCCUUGGGCUGCUCCUCCUGCCAGGGUACCACUGAGAUGUCCCCUGCAAUGUUCCCCCACAGCACAGCACAGGUACCACAGUGAUAUGCCAGAACAUUCCAUUGGAACCUGCUGUCUGUUGGUGCCAGUUGGCCUUUGCUUGCCAGCUGGUAGGACACAGCCAAGCUGUCCAGGGCGAUGGCCAUGGAGCAAGAGUUCUCAUCCCUGUGCUUUCCACAGAAGCUUUGGAAGAUGCUGGAAAGUGGCAAGUUUCAGUCAAUUUGGUGGAGUGAGAGUGGAAAAUGUGUGGCCAUCAACAAAGAUCUCUUUGAAGUGGAGGUGCUGGGCAGGGAUGGACAGCAGGUCUUCCACACACAGAAAAUGAAAAGUUUCACGCGACAGCUGAAUGCAUAUGGAUUCACCAAAAUGCAGCGGAAUUUCCAAAGAUCUGCCUCCCUGCCUGAAUUCCUGGCAGAGGAAGCAGCAGCUUCUGCUCACAGCCAGGAAGAUCCAUCCCUGGAGAGGCACUUCAAAGGCCACAGAGAUGCUGUCACUAGUGUGGACUUCAGUAGCACUAAGAAACAAUUGGUAAGUGGCUCAAUGGAUUCGUGCCUGAUGAUCUGGAGUAUGAAGCCUCAGAUGAGAGCCUAUCGCUUCAUGGGCCACAAAGAUGCAGUUUUGUGUGUCCACUUCUCACCUUCUGGUCACCUUGUGGCUUCAGGCUCUAGAGACAAAACAGUCCGUUUGUGGAUCCCUAGUGUCAAAGGAGAAUCGACUGUGUUCAAGGCUCACACAGGAACUGUGAGAAGCGUUCAUUUCUCCAGCGAUGGCCAGUCCUUAGUUACAGCUUCUGAUGACAAAACAAUCAAAGUGUGGACAGUUCACAGGCAGAAGUUUCUGUUCUCAUUGAACCAGCACAUCAACUGGGUUCGCUGUGCCAGAUUCUCUCCUGAUGGCCGAUUGAUAGUGUCAUCCAGUGAUGAUAAAACUGUCAAGCUGUGGGACAAAACCAGCAGAGAAUGCAUCCACUCCUUCUGUGAGCAUGGAGGGUUUGUGAACCACGUGGAAUUCCAUCCCAGCGGGAACUGCAUUGCGGCGGGCGGCACGGACAACACGGUGAAGCUGUGGGAUGUCAGGAUGAACAGGCUGCUCCAACAUUACCAAGUGCACAGCUCUGUGGUCAACAGUCUUUCCUUUCAUCCCUCUGGAAACUAUCUGGUUACUGCUUCCAGUGAUUCAACUCUUAAGAUUCUGGACUUACUAGAAGGAAGACUUCUCUAUACUCUGCAUGGUCACCAGGGACCAGCUACCUGUGUAGCAUUUUCAAGAGAUGGAGACUUAUUUGCUUCUGGAAGUUCUGAUGAACAGGUGAUGGUGUGGAAGACUAACUUUGAUUCUGAUUAUGGUGAAGUAGUGAAACCCCAAAAAUAUGGCAGCAGUGUGGAUGGGACCCAUGGCACUGGGUCAGAAAUGGAUUGUGGCAUUCAUCAUAAGAAAACAAAAACUCAGGAUUCUAGUAGGACCCAGGAGCAGCAAGAGGAGGAGACCAGUCUUGCAAAUACCCUGGAGCAUAUUAUAGGACAGCUGGAUGUUCUGACUCAGACAGUUUCCAUCCUGGAGCAGAGGCUGACACUCACUGAAGACAAGCUGAAGGAAUGUCUUGAGAAUCAGCAGAAAAUCAUUCAGAGCAACAAAAACUGAUUUCCUAAGAUGAGACAGGAGGUGAAGGCUUUGGGAGGUGUGAGGUUGUUUGUGUUCCUAACUGUGUGUGACUUGCUUUAACAAUUUUGAGCACAUUCUAUUUUUCAAUUGGAAUGUAUAGUUAUUGUAUCUGUAAAUAGCUUUGUUACUUUACUAAAAUAAAAGCAAUAUUUUAUUUGUAA